AUGGCCGAUACGAUCCCCGAAAGCCUGCGACAGGCCGACAUCACGAGAUUCCUCAACCGCGCAAGGCAGCUGCGCGAACACAAGCCGGCAAUCACCUACUGGUGCGAAUAUUGGGUUAUCAACCAGAUUCUCGCAAAGCAGUUGCACAAUGUCGACGACGAGAGUCUUUCCUACACGACCAAUUUGAUGGACCGUCUGGAGAAGACGAAAACCGAAAAUGCCGGCGAAGAAGCCAUCACGGACGACGCCGUCGGCCAGGCAUACGUCGAACAAUUUGCCCAGGAGGCCUUUGACCGCGCUGAGAAGGUCAUGCGCGCAAACCGAGUAACAAGAACCACCGCCGAUACGUUCGACGCCGCCGCCACGUUUCUCUUGCUGUCCCAAAUCUGGGGCCCGUUAGACGACGAGACACAGAAGAAGGUCAAAUACGCAAAGUGGAAUGCUGCUCGCAUAUUGAAGGCCAUAAAGGAAGGAAAGGACCCUAACGAGUCGAACCCGAAGCAAGAGCCCGAGCCCGAGGACGCCCUCCCUGCCCUGGACCCCAACGACCCCGAAGUCCAGGGACUCUCGUCGCCUCCGCCAAAGGCCGCUUUCGUAGAAGACGAUCCCGAUACCGAGUUCUACAGGCAGGCCGCGGCCCCUGUGCCCGACGAGACCGUUCCGCCUCAAGGCCCAAGCGAGCCCGAACCUGCGCAGUCGAGCGUGCUAGACCUGCCCUCCGUCCCGUCCGGGAACGACGUGAAUCCCGUGGCGCCCCAGACACAAGGCUAUUUCGACCCUCCCGAACAAUUUCCUCCCUCGCCGCUCAGCCAAGCCGGCGUCAACGACACCACUGGGGCCGCGAACGCUCCGUCUGCCCCCUCGCCCUACGCCGGUUCAUCGACUGGGCCGUCGUUUAGUCCAGCCAACGCCGCUUCUCCAUGGCAGCCACCGCAGAUACCCAAGCCGACCCCUCCACCUGCCCCUCAGCAGUUCAAGCCCCCACCGACGAUUCCACAACAACCAAAGGCCCCGGUCGUUCCCAUCUCCAACAACUCGUGGACGCCUAACAACACGCCGACAGACGACAUGGACCUGCCAAAGGCCCAGAAGCACGCCAAGUGGGCCAUCUCCGCGCUCAACUUCGAGGAUGUGCCAACAGCAGUCAAGGAGCUUCGGAAUGCACUUGCCGCCCUUGGUGCGCAGUAA